AUGGCGAAGAUUGUGGACGGUGGCGAUCUGCCUGUGGAAGUUUGCGAAUUUAUUUUUCGUUUUCUUUCGUUAGAAGGGCUCAGAAAUGCAGCGUUGGCGUCACGCUCGUUCAGAUGGAUGGCCCAGCCCCAUCUCUUCCAAUCAUUUUCCCUCGUUGCCAACAAUGACCGGGAUGCCAUGCUCCAUUUUCUCAAGACGGGUCAACGGAUCGGUCUGGCGGAUACCAUCCAGCGUUACGAUUUCUACAGCUCACCGCGUAUCGCAUCAUUUGUUCAGACGUGCAAAGUGGAGUUCGUGACUUGGCCAGAUCAUGAUUUCGAGCCAGUCUUUGACAGCCUUUGUGCCCAUCUCGCUGAUUUCUCCGAGCUCGAAGAACUGUCUCUUACGAAUGUGGUUAUCGCUCCACAACGUGCCCGAGACAUCUCCCAGUGUCGUCCCCUAAAACGUCUGUCACUUACCGCUUGUGCGAUUGUCAGUCUUGCAGACAGUGAUCUGCAGCGCAAAUGGUCCACACAGAGCCUACAUGUCCGUUGUUUCGAGGAUCCCCGUUUGCGUGCUCCCCAACAUUGGUUAUCUAUAAUCAAUAUCAGCACUCUAUCUACCCUCCAUCUACACUCCAAAUGGUCUUCCCUUGACGCUUUAGAGGAGAUCACCAUGAUACAGGAAUUAGCGGCGUUGAAAUCCAUCACCCUCCAAGGCGACGAGCAGGUGGUCAAAUCUGAGCUUCUACCCCUUGCACUCUCAAAGUGUCCAGGUUUGAUGGAGUUGUGCAUUCUGCCAUCUUCUCGAGGUCCUCACGCGCUCACCAUUCUUCCUCCACCAUGCACCGUUCCCCUUUUAGCCUACGACGGGCCGCAUUACCUGCUUAAGUCUCUCUUGGAGGAGCAGAGACAACUGCGGCAUAUCAGGGUGAUGGGUGAUAGAUGGGGUAGGACAUGCGACAUGUUCGACCUCUUGCAAGAUCUGCCUAUGCUGCAAACUUGUGCCCCGGAUCUCCAGUCGAUGCAGCUUCGCGCCUUCCCUACCAAAGCGUUAUGUGGAUCCAUUGCAUCAUUAUUUCCCCGGCUUCGCUCCCUAUCUUUCGUACUUCCCUUACAAACCCAGGCUCAGGAGCCAAUGUAUGCAUUGACUAAAGAACCGUUCCAUCGUGCACUCCUGAACAUGGUCCUGUCUCCAGACCUUCAACAUCUUGUCAUCAUCUCCAUGAUAGCAUCGGAUUAUGUUGAAGGCCGCGAAGUGAUAGAUACCCUUACGGGGAAAUAUCCCGCGUUGCGGAAUGUGUAUUUGCACUUCCCAGACAACUAUUGGAUGACUUGGGUGAAAUCUUCCCGUCUAAAGGGGCAGGGAACACAAAGGGGGUUUCUUUCUACAGUUAUGCCCAGUUGGAAUCCAUGCCUUUUCCGUGCUUUAACGGUCACUGUAGGCCUUAACCGUACAUCUGCUAACUCCUCACUCCUAGAAUGGGAUAUUUUAAUCCGCUUCAUUGGUACAUAUGCUGAUCAGGAACAAAGUACAACCGCACUGAUUCGAAUUCAUACGAUCGUUCUUCUUUUCGAUCGACGGCAUGCGGCUAGAAGUGCGCGCGGUGCAGGCACACUCUGGGAAUCUCACUCGUUAGAACCGCCAGAGUCGCCUACCUUGGCCUCGAAUGAAACUGGACCGCAAGGACUAAGUAUGGACGAUAAGGUGCUAUUUGUGAAGCACCCCGAAAACUGUACCAAUCACACAUGCAAGUUUAUCCCAAAGGUUAAACUAAACACCUCGGAAGAAAGCGAUUCUUCCUCCGUCUUAACUUCGCGUCGGGACCAAGGUUCCUACUCCGAUGAUUUCAAAAUAGGAAUCGUCUGUGCUCUCCGACUUAUGGGUGUCCUCAAUACUAAAUGA